CUCGCGUAAAGCUUUGACUGUCUUUUGAAACGGCGUCCCGCACUGCAAGUGACUUUAGCCGCUGGAGAUGGAUAGUUUACCGUGUAGACAUCAAUUUACGACACAAGCCUGAAACAAAGCGCAAGGAAAGAAGGAUAUUUUUUUUCGUGCAAGUUCGGUUAUUCACUCGCCGAGUGAACGACGAAAGUAACAAGGAAGACGGCACGUUUCGAUAAUCAGUUGAGUCCCGGUCGUUUAUCAACUGCGGUGUUGGUUAACGCAGCUCGAACAGAGCUCAACAGUGGUUUUAUACUUGUGCCGACGCGAUUCUGUUUUUAUUACAAUUCUGUUGCAGUUACGUACAAAAAUUUUAUGCAAACAUGUGUGCAGCAGUAGAAAAUGGAAGUAGCGAUGCAUCAAAGAAGAAAACUAUUGAAGGGAUAUAUCAAAAGAAGUCUCAAUUAGAACAUAUUUUAUUACGUCCUGAUACCUAUAUUGGUUCUGUUGAACCAGUAACAGAAAUAAUGUGGGUUUAUGACAAAGAGAAAGAAGCAAUGGUGCAAAGAGAAAUAAAAUAUGUUCCCGGAUUGUACAAAAUAUUCGAUGAAAUUUUAGUAAAUGCGGCAGAUAAUAAACAGAGAGAUCCUACUAUGGACGCAAUUAAAAUUGAAAUUGAUCCAGAAAAUAACGUUAUAUCUGUAUGGAAUAAUGGCAAAGGCAUUCCAGUGGUAAUUCACAAAGAGGAAAAUAUGUAUGUUCCUACAAUGAUAUUUGGCCAUUUGUUAACAUCAUCGAAUUAUGAUGAUGAAGAAGAAAAAGUAACAGGUGGUAGAAAUGGCUAUGGUGCCAAACUAUGUAACAUUUUUAGUCAUCGUUUCACUGUGGAAACUGCAUGCAAGGAAUAUAGAAAAUGUCUAAAACAAACAUGGAGUAAUAACAUGGGAAGUGCCAGUGAGCCUAGGAUUAAAGACUUUUCUGGAGAAGAUUUUACGAAAGUCAUAUUUUCACCAGAUUUAUCAAAAUUUAAAAUGCAGUCGUUGGAUGAUGACAUAGUUGCUCUUAUGUCUAGAAGAGCUUAUGAUGUAGCAGCUUCUACUAGAGGUGUUAAAGUUUAUCUUAAUGGUAGUAGGAUUCCUAUCAAAAAUUUCAAGGACUAUGUUGACUUCUACAUCAGGGGUAAAGAAGAUGAGUUUGGCAAUCCUUUAAAAAUUGUAUAUGAGAAUUGUGGACCUCGCUGGGAAGUAGCCGUUGCUUUAUCUGACAAAGGCUUUCAGCAAAUGUCUUUUGUAAACAGUAUUGCAACAACAAAGGGUGGCCGCCAUGUGGAUCAUGUUACAGAAUUAAUAGUGAAACAAUUGACAGAGACACUAAAAAAGAAAAAUAAGGGUGGAGUAGCAAUUAAAUCAUUCCAAAUAAAAAAUCAUUUAUGGAUUUUUAUUAAUUGUCUUAUUAAUAAUCCCACAUUUGAUUCACAAACUAAAGAGAAUAUGACAUUGCAAGCUAAAAGUUUUGGAUCAAAAUGUACUCUUAGUGAAAAAUUUGUCACAGCUGUAACGAAAACUGGAAUCGUGGAAGCAGUUUUAACGUGGGCAAAAUUUAAAGCCGACAGUCAGUUACAAAAAUUGGGGCCUAAGUCAAAGCAAAGAAAAUUGCAAGGUAUACCAAAAUUAGAAGAUGCUAAUGAUGCUGGGACUAAUAAAUCCUUGGAAUGUACACUUAUAUUAACCGAGGGAGAUUCAGCUAAAACAAUGGCUGUAUCUGGACUUGCGGCAAUAGGUAGAGAUAAAUACGGUAUAUUUCCUCUAAGAGGUAAAAUUUUGAACGUGAGAGAGGCAACACAUAAACAAAUUUUGGAAAAUGCAGAAAUUAAUAAUUUAAUAAAAAUUCUUGGGCUUCAGUAUAAAAAGAAAUAUGAAACUCGAGAAGAUUUAAAAACGUUACGUUAUGGAAAAAUGAUGAUAAUGACUGAUCAAGAUCAGGAUGGUUCCCAUAUCAAAGGCUUGUUAAUUAAUUUCAUUCAUCAUAACUGGCCAUCAUUAUUGAAAUUAAAUUUUAUAGAAGAAUUUAUCACACCUAUUGUUAAAGCCACAAAGGGAAAUCAAGUAUUAAGUUUCUUUUCAAUGCCAGAAUUUCACAAGUGGAAGUCAGAAACGGAAAAUUUUCAUACCUAUAAAAUCAAAUACUACAAAGGUUUGGGUACUUCCACUGCUAAGGAAGCAAAAGAAUAUUUUGAAAACAUGACUAGACAUAGAAUACGAUUUAGAUAUGAUGGAGAUCAGGAUGAUCAAAAUAUCAUUAUGGCUUUUAGUAAAAAAUGUGUUGAUCAACGUAAGGAUUGGUUAAUGAACCAUAUGGACGAAACAAAAAGAAGAAAGGAAAUUGGUCUCGGAGAACGCUAUCUGUAUGAAAAGGAUACACGUACUGUGUCCUUUUCUGAUUUUAUUAAUGUAGAAUUAGUUCUAUAUAGUAACUAUGAUAAUGUUCGAUCUAUACCUAAUAUGAUCGACGGUUUUAAACCUGGACAAAGGAAAGUAGUAUAUACAUGUUUGAAACGUAAUGAUAAGCGUGAAGUAAAAGUUGCACAAUUAGCUGGUUCUGUAGCUGAACAUUCUGCAUAUCACCAUGGCGAAGUUUCUCUUAUGUCGACUAUCAUUAAUCUUGCACAAAAUUUCGUUGGAAGUAAUAAUAUAAAUAUACUUCAACCGAUUGGUCAAUUUGGUACGAGACUUGCAGGAGGAAAAGACGCAGCAAGUCCUCGUUACAUUUUCACAAUGCUUAGUCCAUUAGCAAGAUAUAUAUUUCACAAGCAUGAUGAUGCUUUAUUGAAACAUGAAUAUGAUGAUAAUCAAAAAAUUGAACCUGUUUUUUAUGUACCAACUAUACCAAUGGUAUUAGUGAAUGGUGCCGAUGGCAUUGGUACUGGAUGGAUGACAAAAAUACCAAAUUAUAAUCCUAGAGAGAUAAUUGAGAACUUGCAUAGAAUGAUGGAUGGUGCUGAUCCUAAACCAAUGAUUCCAUAUUAUAAAAAUUUUAAAGGAGUUAUAGAAAGUUGUGGAGAUUAUAGAUAUGUUAUUAAUGGAGAAGUCUCAGUAAUAGCACCAGAUAAAGUUGAAAUUACUGAACUUCCAAUUGGAACUUGGACUCAAACAUAUAAAGAAACAGUAUUAGAACCAAUGUUACAUGGAACUGAUAAAACCCCAUCUAUUAUUACGGACUACAAGGAAUACAAUACAGAUACAGCAGUACAUUUUAUAAUAAUGUUAAAUCGUGAUAAAUUAGUAGAAUUAGAAAGAGAUGGUCUUCAUAAAGCAUUUAAAUUACAAUCAACAAUGACAAUUACAUCUAUGUGUGCUUUUGAUGAAAAUCAAUGUCUACAAAAAUAUGAUAGUGCUCUUCAAAUUUUGAGAGGCUUUUAUAAAGUGAGAUUAGAAACGUAUCAUAAAAGAAAAGAUUAUUUAGAAGGUAUUCUACAAGCAGAGGCGUCAAAACUUUCAAAUCAAGCACGAUUUAUUCUAGAAAAAUGUGAUGGUACUAUAGUAAUAGAAAAUAAAAAGAGAAAAGAUAUGAUUGCUGAAUUAAUUCGACGAGAAUAUGAAUCUGAUCCAGUUAUCGCUUGGAAAUUAUCACAAAACAGGGAAGAAGUUUUAGAAGAAGUAACAGAAAAUGCUGACGAAGAAUCAGCUGUAUCAUCCACAGCCAUUGCAAAGGAAAACUUUGAUUAUUUAUUAGGAAUGUCAUUGUGGUGUUUAACAAAGGAAAAGAAAGACGAACUAUUACGUCAAAAAGAUGAAAAAGUAGCAGAAUUGAAAAGAUUGCAAGCUCGUACACCUAUUUCUUUAUGGAAAGAAGAUUUAGAUAACUUGUUGAAUGAAUUGAAUAGAUUAGAAGAAAAAGAACGGAAAGAAGAACAGAAGUCUAAACAGUGUAUUAAAAAACCGCCAUCAAAAUAUUAUACUUCUGAUGAUAUUCGUCGAAUAGUACCUACAAUUGAUACUGAAUUAAAAAAAAAGAUUGAGAAAGCAGAUAUUGUAUCUAAAGAUAAAAAAGAGGGCAACAAAAAACAAAAGAUUAAAAAAGAACCAACAGAAGAUAAGGAUGAAAUUGAUAUGUUAAUCGAAUCAAAUGCCAAAUCUUUAGAGGAAAGAUCGGGUUGUUGUCCAGAAAAGUUGGAAAAGAAGGCUGGUGGCAAAAAAAGAUUGAAACAAACAACAUUACAAUUUAAACCAAAAGUGAAAAAAGAAAAGAACGACAAGAAGAAAGGCAAAGAUUCUGAUAGUAAUGACGAUAUCGAUUUUGGCAGUAUUUCUCCUCCUCCAGCACCUCGUACAUCCCGUAGAGCAACAGCUAGUUCGGAAGAACUCUUUGAUUCUUUAGUUAGUAGUUCAGAAAAACAAUCAACAAAACCUAUUGCAGCAUCUAGUGAAGAAUCGUCAAUAUUCUCACCUCCCACAAAAACCCCUGCUAAAAAGAAAACAGAAAAUGGUGGAAAAGGAAUGAAAAGGCAAUUAAAGAAAAAAAUUGUUUCUUCCGAUUCAGACUCGGAAGAAGUUAUGUUUUCAAAUAAACAAUCUCCUGUAAAGAAAAAAAAGAAGAAGUCCGAGUCAGAGGAAGAUAGUAGUCUUAGUAUAGUAGAUAGUUCUCCAUUACCACCUCGAAAAACUGCUGGUCGUGUCCGUAAACCUAUUUCAUAUGCUGUGCAAUCGGAUGAUGAUGAGGAUUCUAAUUGAUCAAUUUUAUACAAUAUUUUAAAGGUAUAAGCAAAUAAAUGACACGUGUUCCAGGAAAUUUUAAUUAUAAAUACAUGAUCUUAAGUUGAAUGUCAGAAUCCAAAUUGUUAGUAAUGAAUUUUGUGAUCAUAUUUAAUAUAAAUUCUAACAAAUUCUGUCUUGAUUUUUAUCAAGGCAUUAGUAAUUUUAUAUGAUACUGUACAUAUAUACUAAAAUAUAUGAAUUAGAAUAUUUUAAGAAAAUAAAAUUUUACAGUCAGAAUUAAAUAUGUAUAGUAUGUAACGUAAAUUGAGUCAUGAUUGACUAUAACAUUUCAAUAUCUAAAUAUUUAAACAAUAUUAGAUUCCAAAAUAUCUAUAUUUCUGUAUGUUAAUUUUUUGAAAAAGAAAUUUAAACAAUAUUGUUUUGUAAAAAAAAUUAAUAAAAUCACAUAUUUUUGCACAUCAACUUAUAUGUUUUCAAACUAUUGAAAAUGGAACAAUGUGUGAUUUGUUGCAAAAAUUCAAUAUCAAGUUCAAAUUAAAAGAAACUUUUGUUAUUGUAAUAAUAAUGUAUAUAUAUAUAGAAUAAUAAGUUCAUUUCAUCUUCAUAAAAUACUUAUUCAAGCAUUUUAAACAUAUUAACUAAUAUGUCACAUAACUUCUAUUAAUAAUAUUGAUAUUGAAUAAAGAAUAUAAUUGAUGUUCUGCAUAUACUUAAUAACUACAUGUAGAGAUUUACAAAUAUAUGACUGUAAUGAAACUUUUGUAUUUAUAAUAUGAAUAGAAUAUUAAUUUAAAUAUUAAGACUCGUUAUAUUAAUUAAUUUAAAUUUGUUCUUAUUUAUUUUUUCUUUUUGUAUAUUGAAUUAAUUUUGGAACAGAGUACAUUCUUUACAGAUAUCUAUCUGUCACAUAUCAUUAAUAAAUAAUGUACUUACCAUAGAGGUAAUUGUAUUAAUUAGCACAUUCGUACGAUUGAUUACCCAUAUUCUGUGAAUAAAAUUUUAAUAAAAAUGAAUAAUCUAAUCAAUCAAAUAAUACAUAAAGAAAGAAUAUUAAAUUUCCUAUUCGAUAUAUAACAUUGAAUAUGUUAAUCUUCAUGUCUAAACAACUUACAUAUGCAAGUGUGAUUUAUGUAAUUAGUUGUAUAUCAAAAUCUUUAAUAAAUCCUAUUUGGUGAUGGGGUUUCUUAUUAUAAUGCUAUAGAAAAUUUAUAUAUACAUAUCUGCAGUUUAGAAAAUAAUAGUAGAGUGUGUUACUUUACAAAAAUUUACAAAUUUUUUGAUUUUGCAAUUUUGUAACAAAUUUUGCAAUAAAUUAUUUUAUAUGCUUGAAACUAUUAAUUAAUGAAAAAAAAGGAAUUUGUUUUUUUGAUUCUUUAAAACUCAAUAAAUACCACAUAAGCCCUUGAAACUAGGAUGAUUAAAAUCUUCCAAUAUAUUAUUUGGAAGAUCAUAUCAUACAUGUGUGUACAGUUUUUAAAAUUUAUAAGAGCUUUAAUUUUGUACUAUUAUUGAAAUUAAAUACAAGUAAAAAGUUAGGUUUUGUUCAUCAAAUUCAAUGAAAAUAAUAUUCUGUAUUAUGUUUCUAUCCAAACAUUUACCUGUUGAAAGAAAAAAUUUUAUGUGCACACAUACGUAUUAUAGGAGAAAUAUACACUGUUAUAUGUGAUUCAUAUUUAAUUAAUAAGUUUACUAACUUUAAAUUAUACACAAAUACGUAAAUUUAUUGCUAUAACGUUUCAUACACCAUCCUCGACGCAAUUCCUGUUGUUUGUGAGGAAGAUCGUGACUAUGCUGACACGCAAGGGCGAUAAAAAAAAAAACUUUGUUAAAGAAUUAUUUGAAUUCCUCUUCUUUUUUUAAAAUGCAUAAUAAUACUCCAAACUCUAACAUGUAUAGUUAUAAAAGCAUAUAGAGCUGGAAAUAUUAUGUAAUGCUUUUUUUUUCAAGUUGACCCGUAAUUUUAAAGAAUAUUAUCUGAUCAGGCAAUAUUUGGAUAUUUGUGCAAUGAAUUUUCUAUGAAAAAAAUCUUAUUCCUUGAAUAAAAAUUUGUUUUCGAUAUAUGCAUUUAAUAGUUUUAUUAACGAUGCAUUUUUAAGGAGUCUUCACUAUAUACAAAUGCAAAAUUGCUUCUAUCGCAAAACAUAUAAACACUGCUUGGUGCAGAUUCGUUUCCUUUUUUAUCAUUACAAAUAAUCCCAAAUGAGAUUUCAUAGAAUAAAUGCUCAUUAAAUGAUCUUUUUUCAUUCUUUCGUCAGUUUGAUAUCUUAUUAAAUGAGUUAAUCUUUUUGUGGUAGAAAAACGAUAUCCUUUCUUUUUAAAAGAAGUGUUUUUCGUAAAUUUUACUGGCCAAAGUAUAUGCUAUUUUUUUUUUUUUU